CUUUUUUCUCUUAUUGAGAUGGGGGUGGAGAAACUUUAAUUUUAACUUUUUAACAAAUCUGUCAAUAUUAUUUCAUUGGCUCACCAAAGUCUAGACUCUCCACCCCAGCCCCACCUCCACCAUCGCCACCACCCCGCAUAUUUUUCUGCACACAUGUCUGCGUUAGUGAAUGGACUUACUAAGGAUGAUCGAUCUACUGGAUUUUUUAAACGUACUAUCUAAACUCCUUUCAGUUCGUUUCGGUGAUUCAAUCGGACCCAUUUAAUCCGGGAAUUUUAAAGAUGGAUGCGCCCAUGAUAAAGUAACAAAUUUCAGUGUAUGAGGCUUUUGAAAUGAGAGCAUGUGUAUGUAUUGUACACACAACCACUAUAUACUUUUGAAGUAAGAAGAUUGUUAAAAGUGAGGAAGGUGAAAGUAUGAUGAAGUAUUGUUUGAAAACAUUUGUUUAACUUCACAAAUAUGAUUCGAAGACCAAAAAAGGGCGAAACUGAAGAAGAUUUGCUGAAAUUCCAGCAGGAGUUUUUGAGUUCAGGGAAGGACUCUGCUGCCAAUGUUGUCAAGAGAACAGACAAGAGGAAGCCUGAUUCCAGUGGUGAUGCCCGGGAUCAGGUUCAAAUGGAAGCUUUCCCGUCCAGUGUCCCAACACUGGAACCAGCUCCAUCCAAGAAGUCAAAGUUUCAAGCGGCACAAGAAAAGGCAUCUACUGACAUUGAGGACGAUCCUUACAAACGACUUGAUAAAGAUGACAAACAUAUGGCAGCCAUCCUUUCUCAUAUCAUGGAACGUGAUACACGGAAUGCUGCUGUCCUGUUACCAAGACAGUCAACACAGCCAUUCCCAUCGGUGCUUCACAGGACAGUAGAUAAACCUACUAGUGGAAAGCAAGGCAAAAAAAUGAGUUUAUUUGCCCAGCAAAUGGCACAGUCUGGUCCAGUACAGUUUGGAGUGGCUCUUCAGCAGGAGGUACAAAAGCAUGGAGAAAUGCUGGAUAAGAAGUCAUAUUUUGAACAAGAUAGUGGCAGAACAUCUAAAAUAAUUCAUGGAACAGGCCUGAGUGCUUCAUUAGCAGAUGAGGAAGCACAGAAGAUUCACAGUGAAAACCUUAAACAAAUGGCAUCCAUGACUGAACAGGAAAUACUUGAAGAACAGAAAAAACUGCUGGAGAUGUUAGAUCCCAAGUUAGUGGAAUAUCUUAGAAACUUAAAAAAAGAUUCAAAGUCAUCGGCAGAAGCCAUGGAGACAAGUGAUGAUAGUGCAGAUACUUCUUCCUCUAAGAAAGGGGCAAAGAAGAUGCAAAAAGAAACCCCUGAUCUGCCACUGGUUCCUGAGAAAGAUUGGCUUCAUAUGGACAAGAUUGAAUAUGACAAACUGGAAUGGAUGAAAGAGUUACCACCCCCAGUCACGGGAAAUUCAAAAACUGGGAAACCUGCUCGUUUUGAUUUCCAAGGCAACCUUCUACAAGCUGAUGCAGAUAUUCCAGUAACAAAGGGACUUCAUCACCAUGGAGAUGAACCAGAGAGAGCUGGUUACUCCCUGGAGGAGCUAUUUGGUUUAGCCCGGAGCACAAAUAUUCAACAGAGAACAUUGGCACUUCAUACUUUGGCAAGAGUGGUCACUAAGGCUAAAUCAGGAGGUUUCAUAGGGCUGAUACAGACUCCGGUGUUGCCGUCCAUCAUUGAUGCUGGGGUCAUCUUCCUCCUGCGCUGGUCUCUUGAUGAUAGUGUUGAUGCCGUGGUCUUUGCAGCUGUCAGUGCCAUGCAUGCUUUGCUCUGCAAUAUGGCUGAUGAGGCUUGUCAGGACAGAGUGACUAGCUGGUUCCAAGGUCAGACAGUGGCAAGCCUGCGACCUUCAAGUGCUGAAUCUUCUGAAGACGGCAUUGAGGAGAAACCAGAUGAAAAUGAUGCAGACGUGGCCAAGAAGGAUCUCAUUCUGGCUCUUGUGACACGAAUGAGGUUUCUUCAGCGACUGUUUUAUAUCCUCAAAACACGUAGACCGCAGGCGGUGACCGUUGUUCAGCUUCUCGAUAUUUUCACUAGGAUAGCCAGCCAUUCUGCAGCAAUGGCUUAUGAGAUUGUUCAUUUUCCAGGAUUGAUAGAUUUAAUUGUACAAGAGUUCCUCCCUACUGCAUGGCAUUCACUUGAUACCACUAAACCUGUAUCGGAGGUGUAUGGUGUUCCUCUGCCUGCAGCUCUCAGAAUGGUCAGGAAGAUUUGUCAAGCUGGCAAAAACAUGGCUGCUAUCAUGAUUGCUAAUCAUAAUUUACGAGCUAUAUUGUUGAGAUAUAUUGCAGUCACUCCAAGGGAUAUGCAGCUGCCAUUUAAGGAAGCAUCUAGUUUGCAAACUGAGAGUUUUAGAGUUUGGAGAAUUUGUCUCUCGUAUGGUCUGUCAGCAGAAAUAUAUGUUGACUUAUAUUCCACUUUGGUGAAGUACCUGCAAACCACUCAGCAGAGACUCACUGGUGACUUAGCUCUCCCAGACGACGACCUCAAUAAGGAUGCAGACAUGCUGUCCUGUUUGGAAAGUGUUAUACUGGUUGCAGCAACACCUCAAAAUGUUCCGGGAUUUACUAGAAGUCAAGAUGGCAUGGACAUGGAAUCCGAGAGUUCUGACUGUGUCACCUCACCUGCUGUCAUCUGGAGUCACGUGACUGACCUACUGCAGCCAGUCACGUCUUGUUUGAAAUUUGUGUUUAACAGAAUCAAAGACACUUAUCAGUUCAAGAAAUUUGACCUGCAGUUUGCUACCUCAUGUGUUAACAUGGUCGCAACCUUUUAUGCAAAGCUUGAAAAUCAGCCAGGAUACAAUCCAGUUGACUGUUUACAACAAAUAGAGACAUUUUUGUAUGAUGUGUUCCUGCCAUGUUGGAAGUCUUUGGGUUUUCAAGUGGUUCGGGAAAGUUUGAGUAAGCAUUCAAACCUGAUCUCUGGACUUGACCACAGUACUGAAGAAACAAUGACCAGUCUACCUGAACUACAAACUUCAUUCCCAGAGAGAGAUCUCACGCUGCCAGUCCUGUCCCCACACAGUCCGUUCCCCUUCCUCACGGCCUGUCUCAGAUUAGCUUACAUAAUCUGUAAGCUGCACAAGGGACUUAUAGAUGAGGUGCACCAAGAAGUAUCCAUGGCUGAAGAUCUUGUAAGCUAUAUGAAGAAAAUAUCUCUAGACAAGCCUAGUCCGCUGAGGAACAACUAUUUCACUAGAUUUGAGAACAUCUUCCAGUUUUAUGUCAUCAAGUUACAGGCGCUCAAGGUAUCCCAUCAUGCAUCCCUCUUUCAUCAGUGUGGUCUUCAACUGUUAACAAGACUUCACCAUGGCGAUGAACAUCUAGCACAUGAUAUUCUGUCUACAGUCAUAUUUAAUCCUCACUUCAUAAGUGAGGGUAAAGAUGAAGAACUUGCCUGUCGGUCAAUGGCAGAAAUGAAAUUAGGGGAGACAACCCAUCUUAGAAGUGCUACUCAGGAGGAGAUAACUGUAACGAGGAGUCAGCUAAUGCAAGAUGCCUACUCCUGUUUACCCAGUAUUAGAACAACGUAUCUCACUGCCUUUUCUAUGUGGGAGAAAUCUGUUAGACAAUCCAGAUCAAGACAUCGUCAGGUUCCCCAGGACAUAGACAUGUUUUUAACUUCCCAGAUUGGAGAGUUCCUUCUUCCUUGUGAUUGGAUGUACUUGCCUCUAGUUGACCUUUUUAACAAAUUUUCAACAGUGGGUUCAUCUGGAAGCUUACCUCCAAAUCUUGUAACAAUGGCAUCAGAUGUUCUUCGUUGGGUGUUUCUUCUGGAGUGCUGGAGACCAAACAUUCUGGCAUCUGUAUCUGUGACACUGAAGAUCUCGCGAGUUAUGUGUGCAUUUAUGGCAGGUAAUGACUUGUUUCUGGAGAGAUCUGUCCACUGCUAUUUGGCUGCUCUGUUGAGGGAAUAUACUAAACCUGUUCUGCUCGACAAGAUGAAAUUUGAUGAACCCAUACCAGGCCUCUCAUCAUUCUAUGAGCUGUACCUGUCUCUCUUGGAACAGUAUGAGGCUGUCUCAUUUGGUGACUCGCUGUUUGGAAGUUACAUCCUUUUGCCAAUGCAACAGAAACAUGAAAGUGACCUUCGCACGGUCAUAUGGGGAGAAAAGCCUGGAAUUCUCCGAAGCCUCUUUCUACCUGUCAAAGAGUUGCUGAUUCCCAUUGAAAGGUUCCUGAGCCCCGAUGAGUCGGACGUAGAUCUGUUAAAGAUGUACUUUGGUCACCUGAUGUCUCAGACGGUGCGAGCACAGUGGUCUCCCCUCAUGUACCUCAUCGCUGUGCACCACGUCAACAGGUUCCUCUUCUACACUCACGACAGCACCAACACCGAUUUGAGAAACAAAAUGUGGAACAGAAUUCUUGUGUGUAAACUGGAGGAAGUGAAAAAGCAUUUGAUCUACUACAAGACAGUUGAUACCGAUGCCGAUUUCAGUAUGGCCCUGUAUACAGACCUUCCACCAAACAGAAACAAACUUUUCAAGAUGAGGAAAGAAUUAAUGACAAAUAAUCCGCUGGGACUACAUUCCAAGUGAACAAAUGUAUACUGAAUUGUCAACCAUGGAGCAUGAUAAAUUUAAAAUAUUAAAAAUAAAUUGUGUUUCAGAUGGAUGUUGUCAACAUUGUUGUACCUAGACAUUAUGCAUGACCCAAAUGCGACUGGAACUAAAUUUCAAGAGGUUGAUACCCUUGAGUGUGGCUUAAGCUCAGAUUCUGACACAGUGAGAAUAAAUAAUUUUACAUCACCAAGGUCUCCAGAGGAAGUGGGGAAGAAAAAACUGAAGUUGGAGUUGUCAAACUUUGACUCGAUUCAUUCAUAUUCCAUACAAACUAAUAUUUAACACAUAUCAGUAUUAACACUUUCUGGCCAACACAUAAAGCAUGCAUUUGGACAGGAUUUUAAUCUCUCGGAAACAUCAAUCUCUCAAACUAAUGCACUGGUACCAGCCAAUUUCCUGUACAAACUAGUAAUAUAUAUAAUAAACUCCAAAACCUGAAAACAUCAACCUCUCAAAAGUAACUUCUUUUCCCAGUAUACAGAUUUAAUAGAUAUUAAGCUUCCACAACUGGAAGGAGGUGAAAUUAUUGAACUAUUGUUGAUGGCAGUAAAAUGUAUUGUCAGCGAUGUGAAAUGUGUGUAUCUCGGAAAGACAGUGCUGGCAGUCAAUGUCUUUGGUAGUAAUGACCCUGAUUCUUCAUCGACAAAGCAGAAUAAAAUAUGCCUGUAUAUUGGGUUAUCAUCUGUUCACAGUAAUGGGCCUCGUUACAUAAUACCAUAUUACAGAAUGAUGUCGGCCAAACUCUGAAUAUUCUAAUUAAAUGCUACCAAGUGUUAGUAAUAUUAAUGACACGGUUAUGACAUUUUGUUAUUCUGAACAUUUCUAUUAUGCAUUCAUGUUUUAUUUUCUUACUUACCACUUGUGUAUGUAUGUGCCUUCUCCUUUUUGUUUCAUCUGUAAAUAAAUACAUUUACCUAUAAUCCCA